UGCGGGGAGGGGAAGGGAACAGGCUGGGCAGGCAAGCUCCCUAGUGCCCAGCAGGGGUGGGUAGGUAGAGGACGAGGCUUUGCCCUGUCUCCCCGCUUUCCUUAAUUCUGAUUCCCUCACAAGGAUAUUUGGGGUGGAAACUGGAUGGAGCUGGGCAAUCCGUACCCCGUGAGCCGCCUUCCCUUAAUUAUACAUAAAGGAGCGAGGGCACUGCAGGUGCCUUGAGUUUACUUUAAAAAAAGGGGGAAAGGGGGGGUCCUGAGACUCAAAAACCUCAAGAGAGAAGUAUCACACUCCUCUAGUUAAACGCUGAAAAAGGCUUUUGAACCUCCUAAUGGCCCAAGCGCGCAGUUGCACAAUUUAGGGGCCCCCAGGGCAGCUUUCUGGUUUGGCUGUUCUCUGCGUGUUUGGGUAAAAGGAUUCAGAGCUAGAUUUAAACAAGAGCAAUACUCUCUCUGGUCUUGUGGAGUCAUUGAUCUCCUCUCUCCCUUUUCACUUUACAGUUUGGGGCUUAUUGUGGCUUACAGCUUGGUCCUAUAAAUUAGGGAACAGAGAGUGUGGUAGCUCUCUGAAGAUGGGCAUAUUUAUUAUGGGAUAUAAACUUUUGUUAAUCUUUUAAAGGCGUAAUGUAUUUGUUGGUUUUUAAGACACAGUAUAUUUGUUAGCUUUUAAAGGUGUUACAAAGUUACUGUAUGUUUUUCUCUCUGACAGAUUAACACAGUUUCUGGAAGUUGCAUUCGUUACAGAUAAUUAGUUAUAUACUUACAAAGAAUAGACCUCUUUGUAAGAUUUACUGGCUUCCAGGCAAUCAGUUGCUGGGAAACACCAAUUUCUUUUCUACUGUACUUUCAUAAGCAUGACUAUCAGGAAGAUGACUGCAGUGGUGUUAUGGGCACCUAAUGAAUAGUGCUCUAUGUUGUCAUUGAUAGGUGUCUUAGUUGUUUCUCAGUUACCUGCCAGUGCACUUAAAAAUGCCAGUGCACUUAAAAAAACCCAACUCCAACUGUUUCUCUGUCCAUUGUGCUUUCCUUUCUUUGAAAGAUUUAUAUGUCUUCUACAUUUUUUAAAUCCAGUCUAGUCUUCCAGUAUAGCAGGGACAUUUUAUAUUUUGCUGUUCAAAUGCUGGUGGUGGAACAGUAGCAGAGAUAACCUGUACCAAGAAAAUCCCUUGGUAGUCACCUUAUUUUGAAACUUUAACUUGUCAAUAUUCUAGUACUGAAAAUCUAAUCACUUUAUAGGGCUGCAGCCCUAUAAUAAAUGGCCUUGAAGGCCAUUUUUGUAGGUUUGUAGCUGCUUCCUACAUAGUAUAAUGAAGGACAUGCUUUGGUUAAUUAUGUCCCUAAAAUGUGUGCCAAAUAUCGGUGUGUUUGGGUUUGUUUUUUACUGAGCAGAUGGUAUUUUUCUUAGUCAACUUAUUGAGCAUUUGUCUAAGACUGUAUCUUAAAUUUGAUAAUCCUUUUCCUUUUGAUUUCAUCAAUGAAAGAUUACGUAAUUGAAGGUAUACAAUAAAAUAUUUAUUGUAAAAACAAAUAAAGUAACAAGUAAAGACUAAUAAAAAGAAGUAGCAAGACAUGGCUAAGAAAAUGCUAUGCACUUGGGGGUAUUUUACAUAGCAAUCCUAUACACCAAUUGGGGAGGGGAGCUAGGGAGAUCACCACUGUGCUGGUAUAAUCACCACCAUAGACUGUGUAUGGUCAGCCCAGGAAGCAGAUGGGUGACACAAUCAGAAAAUUUAAAAAUGGCAUAUAAAUAGCAGAUAUGUGCCCAGCACCUCUAGAAACAUCAACACAAUCCACUAGUUGGGAACUUUGCCAGUGAGAGUGCCAACAUGAAAAUGAGCCAAUGAACUGUGUUGGAUGUUAGCUUGUUUCAGACAAAGAGUUAACAUUAAUCACUGUUAGUUUGUACAAUACAACAAACUGUGGUUAAAUAAAAAAGAAGCAAAAGCUUCCAAAUUUGAUGCAGCUGUACCAGAGGAAGAAUGAGAAUGAUGGAGCAUGUAAGAACAUAAGAAGACUGUGCUGGAUCAGGCCAAUGGCCCAUCUAGUCCAGUAUCCUGUUCUCAUAGUGACUGACUGUGGGAAACCUGCAAUCAGGAUUCAAGUACAAGAGCACUCUGCCCUUUUGUGGUUUCCAGCAACUGAUAUUCAGAAGCAUUGCUGCCUCGAGUCUAAGGUUCACUGCAGCUCAUUCCCAUAAUGCUAAACUGUGGUUUAGCAUGAUCCCCGAACACAGUCACUGAAUGUCAAAAAAGAAAAGGGGGGGAAAAGAAGACAAAUUUUGAUUAUAGUAUCUGGGCCUUUGUUCUCAGCAAUGUUCAUGCAUGGUGUAGUUAAGUAUCUACAGUUAAUGAAAGCCAUAAUUCUUUUUCUGUGUAGUUAUUUUCAUGCUCAACUACAAGUAGUAUUUUGUUGAGAAAGCCACAUAUGAUACAUUUAAAGGCUAUCCGGUCAUUGAAUGUUGAUUAACCUUUUAAUGAUAGCUAAAUAAUUUUAAUGAUGGAUAUAUAAUAAGGAAAUGAUAAACGAAUGGCCGCCAACUUGAAUGGGUUUAAUAAAGGAUUAGACAAAUUCAUGGUGGAUUGAUCUAUUAAUAACUGUUAGUCAUGAUGGCUAUGUUCUACCUCCACAGUCAGAGGCACUAUACCUGAUGCUAGUUGCUGGGCAUCACAAGUGGGGAGAGUACUGCUCCACUUGGGUCUCGCUUGCAGGCUUCCCAUAGGCAUGGUAGUUGGCCCCUGUAAAAACAGAGUGUUGGACUGGUUAGGUGUUUGGUUUGAUCCAGCAGGGCUCUUUUGUUGCUUUUUCUGGUAUGAGACCUGGCAGAGGCAGAUAAGAAUAUUUUGUUCCAGUCUCACAACUUCAGAGGUAAUUAUAGAGAUGGAGCAUAUGGACUGUAGACACAGAGAUGGUGUGAGACUGCCAAGUAAAUGGAACUGUGAGUAGAGGUUUUAAUGGAAGGAGUGGGUCUCGGCUGAUAUCAGGAUAACACUUCUUAUUAACCUCCAGGUAGUACGUGAUCAUGACUGUAGCAGCACUUGUGUCAGUAGUAACUGACACUAAAUAAAUGCACACAUUUUUAAUUGCAGAAUUAAAACAUAAGUUUGCACAUUUUUAAAUACCCUAAAAAGUGCAAAAUUGAGUGACUCUUGCUUUUGGGUCAAUAGCAUGGAAGCCCUAACUCUGUGCUGCAGAUGACUGGUGAUUAGCUAGAAUGUAAAAGUCCCACACCAUUAAUUAAUUCCUGACAUUAAACAUCAAAGAGCCUUGAGUGUGCAGGUAUAUUUUUAACAAACACAGAAAUAUCCUCAGCAUUUGUGCUUAUUGGAACUCCAAAAAGAAGUAAUUCUAUAGGAAGUGGGCAGCUAUGGAGGACAGACCCUCCCACUAGUUGUUACUAAACAAGAUUGUGGCACAACAAAAAGGGCCUCUGAAAUCCAUAUACGCCUCAGUGUUUGUGUGUGUGCUGGAGUGUAGUCCUAGUAUCUCCUUUGCAAAUGGGCUCCAUCACCUAGCGUCCGUGCCCCCCCCCCCCCGAGCCAGGUCACCUGUGGUCUGAAACAACUAGGAUUUUGCUGAGCACAGUCUUAAAGGGUUUACAACUUCCACAAGAACAAAGAAACAUGGCAGCAAUGCUGCCAAGUGGCUCCCUUGUGGCAACCCACGCCUGCUACCAAAGGUGUCUGGGUUCCAUUUCCAGCAACAGCUCCUGUGGAAAUGCUGAAUAUGGGGAAGUCAUCCCUCACCAUCCAGGUUUCUCCAAGACUGAUCCUGGGCACUGGUGGGCCAGCUUCUUCUUUGGAAAGACGACCCACCCAGUCAUGACAACUGUGUCUGAAUCCCCAGAGAUCCCAGGAACUUUAAAGGUGGUGAACUGCAUGAUUACAUGUGGCCUGGCUCAGGAUGUAAUGAGGAAGCGCUAUGCCAGUGAGCCCAGCAAACUGAACGCGGGUCCCACUGCAUGAGGUGGCUGACUGUCCCUGGAUGGACGCUUCUGACUUGAGCACUAGGAGGCAGAACCCAUUUUCCACUCCCCCUUCCUGUAGAGUAGAGCAGGCUGCUUUGAGUACUUAUUAGAUGUAUGUAGGUUUUUAUAAAAGCAAAAAAGGUAACAAAAAGGGGGAAAAAGAAAUCUUCUGUACCAUCUUUUUCUACAACUUUUUUUUUGUCAAUGCAGCUGCAUCGUCUCCCCUCUCUCCCCACCCAACAAAGCCUUAUUAACACUUAAUUCUUGUUUUGUACUCAUCUGAUGGAAACUAAAAAUCCUGAGCAACCUUCUAAAAAAGGGGGGGGGGGCGCUGCAGUUGAGCACAGUGCUUAAGCAGGGUAGUAGGGCUCCUGCAGGUAUUUUUCAGAGGUUUAUGGGUUAAAACCAAAACUUUGAAGUUGACCCAGUAGUUCAUUGACAGUCACUGCAACUCCUUAAUGAGUGGUACAAUAGGUGCACAGUAGGACACUCCACCAAGUAACCUCACUGCAGCACCCUGUACCAACUGCAGCUUCCAAACCAACCUCAAAGAGAACUUUGCAUUGAGGGCAUUAUAGUAAUCCAGUCUUUGGGACCCAAGUGGCGCUGUGGGUUAAACCACAGAGUCUAGGGCUUGCUGAUCGGAAGGUCGGCGGUUCGAAUCCCUGCAACGGGGUGAGCUCCUGUUGUUCGGUCCCAGUUCCUGCCCACUUAGCAGUUAGAAAGCACAUCAAAGUGCAAGUAGAUAAAUAGGGACCGCUCCGGCGGGAAGGUAAACAAUGUUUCCAUGUGCUGCUCUGGUUCGCCAGAAGCAGCUUUGUCAUGCUGGCCAUGUGACCCGGAAGCUGUCUGCGGACAAACGCCGGCUCCCUUGGCCUAUAGAGCGAGAUGAGCGUCGCAACCCCAGAGUCGGACACGACUGGACCUAAUGGUCAGGGGCCCCUUUACCUUUACCUUAGUAAUCCAGUCUAGAAGGGUCAAAGAAGCCAGGCUGUGAUGGUCCAAGACUUGGAGCAUUUGAUAUAUCAGCCAAAUCCAGUAGAAGGCACUCCUAGUCACCAUAGCCACUGGACUCCUAUGAACAAAGAAGAGUCAACGGUGCACUCUCAAAUGGCAUAUGCAGUCCUUUACAGGAAGUGCAACUCCAUCUAAAAUAGGUUGGGUUCAUUACCCAACUCCUGGAUUGGAAUCCACCCACCCAUAGUCUUGCCAGGAUUCAGUUUCAGCUUAUUGACUCUCAUCCAGUCCAUUUCUGCAUCUGGACCCUGGUUUAGGCCUCACCUGAGAUACAACGGAACUGAGUAUCAUUAGCACAUAUGAUAUUCAAGCUAUUUUGUUAUACAAACAACUUCAAACAUGCUUCAUGAGAUGGUAAGUAGUCUUGAUAAACACUUGCGUUUAUUUAACAAAUGUGACUAAGAUCCUCUGUCUAAACUUGGUAGCUCCAGCCCAUGUCUGCAGUGUAAGAACUAUCCCUGCAAGGUACUGUUUAAUUCCUGUAAGUUACUUAAGAGUUGGCUUGUAAAACAUUCAUUUGCCUAUGUGCACAAAACAUUGGUGCAUGCCAUAAAGUUUUUCAGUGAUCUCCUUUCCAUUGUUCCCUGCUGGACAGUUGCUUUUAUGUCAAAAUAGGCUGCACUGAUUUAAAUAAAAUGUGAUGAAUGCUAGAAUAGCGGUCAGGUUUUCUGUUGCAACAAAAACAACAGAGGGUUGAACUAGAAAAGUGAAACUAAAACCCAAAUAGGUUUUUCCAUGUGUGCAGGCUGCUGCUCAAGUGGAAUCAAAAGAAUUGCUGGAUAAUUUACCUGCAUGAAUGUACCAGGAACUCUUUGUUUGCAAAUGGCUGUGAAAUAGCACUAGCAGCUGUUCUAAUUCUUCACAUAGCUCUUUGCAUUUAACACAGGGUUUCCUGUGGCAUAUUAAAGACUGUCUGAUACUGUUUGUAGUUUUGUGUGGUGUAUGUAGAGAUGGAAGAACCCUGCUCUUUUAUUCACGUGUCCCUUCCAUGUCCCCAACUCCCUUUUCUAGUUGUGUAGCUGCUUCGUAACUGCUUUCCAACCUCCACUGCCUCCCAUUUCUGAAGACCUACAGUAGAGAGUGGGAUAGUUUUGGUGGGGCAAUGGAAUAGGACAACGUUUCUCAAACUUGGAUCUCCACUCCACUAGUUGGUGGGUCUCUACUCCACUCUCCCUGACCACUGGUCUAGCUAGCUAGGGAUGAUGGGAGUUGUAGUUCAACAGUAGCUAAAGACUCAAGUUUGAGAAACACUGGAAUAGGACAAUGGAACAUCAAAGAUCUACAUCUCUGCAUGGGUAGGACAACAGAUAGCAUUCUCUGUCCUUUCACAAGUAGCUUGGUCUACUUCAGGCAUCCCCAAACUGCGGCCCUCCAGAUGUUUGGGGAUGCCUGGUCUACUUUAUGAUGGGGAAGGAUGCAGAUUUCAGUUUUUCCUGGAGACUGCUGAUAACUUUCUCUAAUCCAAACACUUUUUAGCAGUUUGUAAAAUAGAAUGGUAUUCUUGUCUCCAUAUAACAGAUUAGGACUAGGAUGAGAUUUUUAUUUUUAUUUUAAAAAAGUGUAGAUUGCUCAAUUUGACAGAGAUUUGAAGCAAGGACUUCAUGCCAAUAUAAUGUAGGAUAAUUGGUCACAUUUCAAUAAAUAUGAAAUUUUUCUACUUCCAUCUUUUACUGUUGUUCUGGGAUGACUAUACAAGUUUUUCCUCUAAAAACUAUUUAGUAAAAUGCCUUGGUCUGGCUCGCUGCUGAGAAUGGUAAUGAUAUGCUGAUAAUGUUAAUAAUAUACUACAUAGUUGAGCACGUGUAAAUCUUACUGAAAUCAAGAGAGUUUAAGCAUGCUUAACUGUAGAUUCUAUUAUACCCAGGUUUUUGGUAAAGUCUUUGUUAUAUUUCCCCCAUUGAAAUUUAUGCCUCAUGAACAAAUUCUAUUCUUAGAAAUUUAACUAAAUCCAUAUGCUGUUAAAGAGGUGUUCUUAGUAAACAAAUGUUUACAGAUGUUAUGUAAGUAUAGAAAAACAGUUUGACAAGAAUACUUGACCCUUUUAAUACUUCUUAAAAAACUUAGAUUGACACAGCAGAUUCUACGGACUGGUGAAGUCAAUAGAGGAAAAUCUCCCAUUGAUUUUAAUGCAUGUGUAUUUCAGCUUGAAUGAGUAAAAUUUAACUAAUCUGAAUGCUCCAUUAAAAAAAAGUGACAGCUUAUUCCAUGCCAUCUGUGCAUGAAAUCACAUGAUCUUUCUGACCUCCAAUUGCAGUGUUUGGAUUAAAAGCUCUGGUCAUGCAUCUGUCCAUCGCUUUGUUAUGUAAAAACAGCAUAAGCAUAUUGGAGAAUGUGCAGGAUUAAUCAGUUAGUUAAAUGACUGUUUCUUGCUGAAUAAAAUUCCGCUAUUGUUUUCUAUUAGUUUAUGAGAAUUAUUUUUGAAUAUCUGAAAAAAUGCAAUUUGUUAGUGGUGUUUGCUUUCGAAAGCACGUUAAAGUGCAAGUAGAUAAAUAGGUACUGCUUUAAGCGGGAAGGUAAAUGGUGUUUCCGUGUGCUGCUCUGGUUCGUCAGAAGCAGCUUUGUCAUGCUGGCCACAUGACCUGGAAGCUGUACCGGCCAGUAAUGCGAGAUGAGCGCCACAACCCCAGAGUCGGUCAUGACUGGACCUAAUGGUCAGGGGUCCCCUGUACCUUUUUCCUUUACUCAGCUGCUAUUCUGUUAGAAAGGUAGUAGCCACACCUCUGCCUAGUGGCACCUCAUCUCGAAUAGGCUUAAUGCAAUAAUGUAUCGAUUAGUGUCACUUUUUGUGGUCACCAGCAAGGGUAAGAAGAUCCUGGAAUUAUAAUAGAUUGAGUUAUUCUUGGUGCUCUGGAUGGAAAAAUGAAAACAAUGAUGCAGUGUUUUUCCAUUUCCUUAGGAAGUGGAAUCAAGAUGUUCCUUUAGGUACUUGCAAUAUGCAGUCUGCUUUACAUUUGCAGCUUCUCCCAACUGAAUUUGAAUAUUUGUCACUAGACAUUAGAUGGAUUUCUCAUCCUGAAGGAUUGGGUUUGAAAUGAACAGAAUCUUGACAAAUAAUUCAACUGCCAGGUACCCUUCUAAAUUAUCCAGUAGCAGAAGAAGCUGGGUUAUCUUACUGAAGCAUGCAUAUAAGGGAAGCAGUGACUCGUACUAAAUCUCCAUUGUAUGUAGGGAUUGGCCCAUUUUACUGUUCACAACUUUCCCUAAAUUAGGGGUGACUGAUAGAAUGCUGUAGAAUCUUUUCCAUCAGUCUAUUUUGUGAAUUCAUCACUGGCAUUGGUUGUGGUUUCCAAUUUCAUUGAAGGGUUCUGUUACAUAGAAAGCUUGGAAGUUUGGAAAGCUGUGGCACAAUGCAAGAGAUGAAGAUAUUCUGUGUCUGCUGUGUAACUGUGUAUUCCCUUCCUCCUAUAGUAGUUGUUUUAAACUAGUUAUCAAUUAUUUCAAGCAAACCAAAAUGAUUUCCUAAAAUCUACAUAAAAAAAUGAAAGCUAGUUGUGUUGGUCCAUGAGAAUAAAUUCCAAAAUCUAUAGUUAGACAGUAUCUUUAUUAGGACAAGCCAAAAAGUCACACACAUGUGUGACAAGCUUUUAAGUUGCCAUACUCCCUGCUUUGUGUGACAUCUAGCCAGAGAACUUGAACACUUGCCAUACUUUUGUGACAUUUCCCUUUUGUGACAUUUCCAAACUCUGGAUUUUUUAAAUCCCCCCCCCAAGAAGCUAGUGCAUCUGUUAAAUCUAAAUCCAUUUUCUGUCAAAUGUCAACACUUGCAUAUUGUUCAUAUAUAAGGUAAAGGUAAAGGUAAAGGGACCCCUGACCACUAGGUCCAGUCGUGACCGACUCUGGGGUUGCGCGCUCAUCUCGCAUUAUUGGCCGAGGGAGCCGGCGUAUAGCUUCCAGGUCAUGUGGCCAGCAUGACAAAGCCGCUUCUGGCAAACCAGAGCAGCACAUGGAAACGCCCUUUACCUUCCCGCUGUAGCGAUUCCUAUUUAUCUACUUGCAUUUUGACGUGCUUUCGAACUGCUAGGUUGGCAGGAGCUGGGACCAAGCAACGGGAGCUCACCCCGUCGCAGGGAUUCGAACUGCCGACCUUCUGAUCAGCAAGCCCUAGGCUCAGUGGUUUAACCACAGCGCCACCUGGGUCCCUUAUUUACUCUCUCUCGUAACUUACACAGGUUGCUAUUUAGAAACCAAUGCCUUAAAUAGUAUAAUCUGCACUGAAAUCAACAUAGAAUUGUUGAAAUAAUUCUUUUAAGUCAGGGGUUCUCUAGGGCCCACUAGAGGUGGCUGAAAAUUGCUGAUGCCCACCAGUCACAAAAUGGUGGUGCAGUGACACAGCCAGUCUCAACGUAUUGGCAGAUGGAAGCAGAAUGUGGCAUUAUCAGUUGAGAAUUACUGACACCAUUUUGUACUGACACAUAAUCCAUCUUUGGAUAUUGCUUUGCCAUAGUGUUUUCCUCAUGGCCAGGAGUUCCAUAGCUCAGCUUUACUCCAUUCAGUAAGAAGGGGAUAGAGAAAGAGAAGAAUCCUAAACCAGUUGGAGGGGUGUGGUGAUCCCUUGGUCUGUUACACUACUAGAGAAGCCUCAGGAGUGUGAUUUAAAGAAGAUUGGGAAACUGACAGAAAGAACCACCUUGUUUAGGAACCCAAGUAUUAGGAACUGAGCUGUAACACCUAUAUAAUUAGCUUAAGAAACUGUGGAUUUACCACCUUGUUUAGAAGUCUGUAACAUUCACUGAAUUUAAACUGUAUAAGUUUAACUGUUUCUUGAUAAAGUUCUAGCUCCUGGCACACUUUUUUUUACCAGUUUUGCUCUAAAACAAAAUCUUUCUCUUGCUUAACUUCCCUAAGUCUCCAGGUGCCAGACUUUAAAUAACCAUAAAUUAGCCCAUAGUUAAGAUGGGGUUCACUGCAACCACUCUGGGGGAAAAUUAUGCUGGAAUGGAUGGACCAAUUGCCUGAUGCAGCAGAGCUUUUCUUCUGUUUUAGAAAUCUUAAAAUGAAUCUAAUAGUGUAAUGAACUUCU